AUGGCGGAGCCGGUCGCCGUCUUGCUGCCGGGCGAAGCGGAAGUUUUGGUGCGGGAGUUGAAAAGCUUCCCGUUGCGGGAUCUCGGAGGCCACGGGUGGCUUCGUCAGCAUGAAUAUAUCGAGAAGCUGAACAUGCAGGCUCUACUGAGUGCUUCUGCUGGGCACGAGCAGCUCCUGACAGAGCUUUUGGUGAAAUAUGCCAAGAUACCAACUCUUGUUGAGGAACUAAUCACUGUGGAGAUCUGGAAGCAGAAGAUCUUCCCUAUAUUAUGCAGGCUGAAAGAUUUCAAGCCAAGAAGCACCUUUCCCAUAUACUUGGUGUUGCAUCAUGAAGCUUCAAUUAUUAAUCUCUUGGAGACAGUGUUUUUUCACAAAGAAAUCUGUGAAUCAGCAGAGGAUACCCUUCUGGACUUGAUAGAUUACAGCCAUCGGAAGUUAACCCUCCUAGCAGCUCAAAGUGCUUGUGGAAAGAUUCCAAAUGAGAAGAAACUUCACCCUGAGGUUCUUCAAAAUUCGUCAUCAAUGCAGGAGCUAAAGAAGCAAGCAGAAAUGAUGGAGUUUGAAAUCUCAUUGAGAGCCUUGUCUGUGCUCCGUUUCAUCACAGAUCAGAUAGAGAGUUUGCCAGUGAGUGCAGUGACAAGAAUGCUGAAUACCCACAACUUUCCAUGUCUCUUGGUUCAGUUGGUAGAACAUUGCCCAUGGAGCUGCUAUGAAGAAGGGAAGCUGAAGAAGUUUGAGAAUGGGGCAUGGUAUGUGGUGCCCCCUGAAGACCAUAUAAAGAUGACUAAGUUGGAUGGACAAGUGUGGAUUGCUCUCUACAACCUCCUCCUGUGCGCAGAAUGCCAGCGCAAGUACAACUUUGAUAACUUCAAUAAAAGCCAGCUGCUGAAGCUCCGUGCCUUCCUGACUGAUAUCGUCAUUGAUCAGUUCCCCAAUCUUUUGGAGAUGCAGAGAUUUUUGAGCCAUCUAGCAGUGACAGACCCUGUUCCACCCAAGAAGGAUCUCAUACUAGAGCAGGUUCCUGUGAUCUGGGAUCAUGUAGUCAGAGAGAACUCUGGAAAAUGGCAGGCGAUUGCCAAGCAUCAGGUAAACAAUAUGUUUAGCCCUUCAGAGGAGGAGCUGAGAAGCCAGGCUUGCAGGUGGGCACAAACAUACAACUUGGAUGUGAUAGAAGCCCUCAUCCCAGACAAACCCAAGUGUGCAGUAUGUGGCUCUGAGGCAGCAAAACGUUGCUCCCGUUGCAGAAAUGAAUGGUACUGCAGAAAACAGUGUCAAGUUCAGCACUGGCAGAAGCACAAGAAAGCUUGCAACUUGAUGGCUGAUGCCCUGAAGAAAAUAGAAGACGAAGUAAAUAUGCAGGCCAAGCCUAUUGAGUAAUUUCUUUGGGCCAGUGAAUU